AUGAACGUUCAUCAAGUCCUCACUGGGGCUCUAAAUUCAAACAAUUUUUCUUUUUCAGUUGGAUCCGUAGAAGGAAAUAAAUUUAUUGUAAGUUGAAAUAAAUCAUAAUGUAUUUGGUUUCAGGUUUGUGGAGUUGGUGUGAAUGUCGUUAUUCUAACUUCUAACUUUACACGGAUUCAAGUAAUACAUUGCAAUCAAACAGACUGCCUGGUCAGAGCGCUUAAUUGUUGUUCCGACACUGGAAGGGUAAGAUUAAUACGAAAAUAUGAACUUUUUAGUUUGCUGUUGCUUAUGGAUCAAAGGUCAGAAUUUUCGAGCCAACUCUUACUACAGACGGAAAUGUAAGUUUGUUUAUUAAAUUUAGAAUUUCCGUUAAUUUAGAUAUUUCCUUAUACAUGGACAGAAACGCAAAGUAUACAAACUGAAAAGCAAGUCAACUAUCUGGAAUGGGUGCUGGAAGGAUUGCGAUUACUUGUUUUGAGCGAUAAAACAGUUAUUUUAUAUCAGCAUAGACUUCUGUCGACAGUUGUUAAUCUGAAUUCAUCUUCAAAACAUGUCGCUUUCUCCAUAAACGACGAUUUUGUAAGUGCAGCCGAAGGAUUCAAGAACUUUUUUUUGUAUUUUAGAGUUCAGCACAUAUCGAAGAAUAUUGGGAGAAAUUGUGGUCAACGGAGCUCUCUUCGAAACCCAAAUAUGUCAAGUUCUCUUCUGAUUCUACUAUUUUUGCAACAUGUGGAGAAAGAGAUCGUUUUGUAAAGAUUUGGUAUCCACAUGAACGUAAGUUGCUAUAAAUAUUUUAAAAUCCGCAACCUUUCAUUCGAGGUAGAUUUUAUUUGUGGCAGAUCAAGGGCAGUGCGAGGCCGAACAUGUUAAAGAAUGACUGUGGCGACUGGAAAAUGGCUAGCCAAGCAGUUAGAAUGAUUGUAAAAGAGUAGGAGGGGCAGCCACAACCGUAAUAGCUACCCAAAAAGUUGGGUGGUUGUAAAAAGGUUGACGUGUCAGCUAAAUCAAUUGCUAGCUGUUUUUGGGAUGUGGAUGCAUUUCCAACACACUGAUGAAUAUUCGGCCAAUGCCCGGUAUGCCCCAAAUGAAAUCUGCCCCAAAUGAAGGGUAGUAUCGUUAUAUUCUUUCUUAGAUUCCCAAAGACCUGGUCAGUGUGAUUUCUCUUACAUUUAUCUUCAACAUCCUGGAGAAGUAUAUGGAUUCGAAUGGCGAAGAACUGGAAAAUAUGUUCCGAGGAAAUGUGUGAGCAACGUCUUGAUUACUUGGUGUUCUGACAACACGUCGAGGAUAUGGAAACAAACUCCCAGCACCAAUGAUACCGUGGAGCAAUUACUAACAGCUGUCCAGGUAGUUCAACAAGAGAAGCCGAGCAGAAAGAAAGUAUCAAAUAAACACAACACUCUCAAGAAAGCGAGGACUCGACUUAUCUCCAAGAUCAACAAAUUGAUGUAAGCCCAGGUUCCUUUUUAGUUUUGUUUUUUAGGCAUAACAAAAACAAUUCACCGAUGAUGCCUCGGGUCAAGUUCUCGAUGAUUAACAGAAAUGCGACGUUUGCUGAUUUCGCCAAUCCUGUGCACUCCCACAACGUCAGUUUCAGUUUGGCCGCGACGAUCAACGCAGAGAACGGUAAACAGUAAAACUCUCAUGAAAAUGGCUUUUAGAUUGUUUUCUCGUUCCAUCAAUGGAUGGACGAGACACUCAAAGAUCGUCGGCCUUUGCAGUUCAUUGGUUAAACAACAAAGAGAUGCUAUUUUGUCAUGGAGCCGAAAAGAUUCUGGCCGAAGCUUUGUUUGGCGAGCAUUCUGAUAGUAGUGGUCAUCGUUCCGGGACGGUUUCAGUUGAACUGACAUCUCCUGUGGCCAAUCCCGAAGGAACUCCAGCUCCACCAGAUAACUUUUCGCUAUUGCAGCCGGAGGGAUCUGUGGGUACAGUAUCCAAUGGAUCCACUGUUCUCUCAACUGAGAUGGAUGCUGCCAAAGAUGUACUGGAUGUGAAGAUUGAAGGCUUGAUUCAGCAAUGGAAUAAAUCUACGGACAUUUUAUUUGCAGUACAUCCGGUCGAUGGAAGUCUUUUGACAUGGUAACAAUAUUAGCUUUAAUUUUGGAAUUCAUUGCUUCCAGGAUGGUUGAGGGGUUGGACGAUGAAUGGAGACAAUCCGUGGUCAGCUUUGCCAGCCGUUCUCCAAAUGCGUUCCCCUUGACGGAUGCUGCAUCUUUGAAUUUAGGACUUUAUGUUUUUAGUCCUCACGAGGCCAAUUUUAUGGAUCUUCAACGACAUAUGAAUGAAUUAGCGAAUGAUGGUGGGUGUAUUUGACUGUGUAUUGAUUGAUAUUGUUAUGUUCAGAUGCCUUCCACUCUGUCAGCCUUCUCACAAGUCAUGAAAACGGUUCCUUAAAUCUUUGGCAACUUUGUAUGGAAGAUAACAAGUUGUACAACAACAUCAUUAAUGUAAUUCACCGGUAUCGCAUGUGUGGUCAUCGUUUUCGAACUAAUAACAUUUCUCCUCACCCAAUUCUCCCUCUUCUUUUGACUUCCAGUUCUCUACCAGCGCUUGAACAAAGUCCGGGAGAAUCAGAAUUGAUUUUAUGGAAGAUUAAUCCUGUAGGUCCUCUUUGUCAAUCAGGCGGUGUGAGAGAACUCUCGAGAAUAACAACUGUAAAGGACAACGCCUUCAAAUGUCUCGCAUGGGUUCCAGCUAUUAUCCCAAGGUAGGUAGUCAUAUUAUAGAUGGAUAAUUUAUUGAGUUUGCAGUUUUGCUAAUGGAACAGUAUUCAAUUCACCAAGUUCUUGUUUUAUUACCUCUCGUGAUGGCCAUCUUGGAAUAUAUCAAGCAGUAUUGGAUGCCAGAGGUCUGUUGGGAGAGUUGUUUUCUGGCAGUAGGCCCGAGUCAAGAGCAAGUUCAAUCAGUUCGGAAGCUGAAUAUGACACUCCUGUUCAAACUGGUGUCAAGUUGGAUGAGAUGUUCAAUGUGGUGUCGACACAAUCCACUGGAAAGCCUGGGUGUAUGAUCUUCUUGGCAGAUGUGGAAGCAGCAGAAAUUGGAGAUGAUGAGAUCUUACUGUUGCAUGUAUUCAACGAAGAUCUCUUAUCGGACUUUGACUACCAUGGAAAAAGCGAAUCUGGAUUUAACUUCUUUGUCAUACUAAUACAGAAAACUAAAGAAGAAAAAAUAACCUUGAAGAUGUGGUCUUUGAAUAUCUCCGUCCAAAAACCCACUUCUAUCACUCUGAAUACAGGUACCUGUCCAUUUUUUAUUAUAAUUAUUACAGGCUGCGGAAAAAAAAUCGAAACUUAUUUUUAUAGCUAUAUUUUAUUUGGAAAUAAUGUCCCUCUUCCUUAAACAACAAAAUUUACCGUAAUAAUGGCGACUUAUUUAAUCAAAAUAAUUAUCAUCUCUUUUAACACGUGCCAAGAUCUUUUUUAUGCCGGUAGCUUCGAAAACCCCCGGUUCUUGGAGCCGAUGAAAUUUUCAAACGCCGUUUCAAGGGCGUCUUAAUUGUGAACGGAAUUCAAUAAAUACGUCAUAUCUCGGUGAUGAUGACGAAUUUUUCAAAAAAAAAUCACCAAGUGCUUUAUUAUCAGUUGGGACAAAAAGAAGUGAGAGUCAAAUUCUAGGUACACCCUCCCUCUUCCAUAGUUGGCGGAGUCCGUUUAAUAGUAUAUUAUGUAAGGGUCAUUUGUAUGCACAUGAAAAUUUUUGCAUCAGGACCCAUGAAAAAAGUUAAAUUUUUUUGUCGUAUUCAGUAUUUUUAGAGAAUCGAAAAUUCCGGAGAUUCUCCGUCGGCGGCCCUGAAUUCUUGGCCACAGCGGCAGAUGUGACUCCAACCGCAGCUCAAUUAAUCGUGAAGACGGUAAAAGUAUACGAUGAUAUUUUAAAUAUGCCAUCCAACAUAACCGUGGACAAUGUCGUCACAUCAGCAGGCCAUCUUCCUUCUUCUAGCGUUUAUCCUGCAUGUAGAACUCCCUAUCUUCUCUUAUUAUCCUGUUCUGAUAGUAAGGUGAGAUUUCUUCGAUGCACUCAGAAAAAGGAAGGUGAUCUUGAAACAACUUAUUGCUGGGAAAUAUGGGGGAUGAUAAGUGGAAUGGCUGACUCCUCUCUCUCGAUUCCAGGUAACCUGCUGGGUACUGAUUGAUCGCUUUUCAGGAACUGUUUUCAGCAUGGCUUCUGCUCAUUCUGGUCGAUUUGCUUGUGUAUAUAAACCUUUUACUUUGACGUCCCCGGUCGAUAUGUUGUCUUAUUGCAAGAACCUUCAUAUUGCAAUUUACGAAUGUGAGACGUCAGGAGGUGUGGAAUGGCUACAGGAAAAAAAUGUUCGGCUAGAAGCUACACUGGCUACCGAAAGGAAGUUGUUGGACACUAAAUUGUGGUGUAAUGAUGACGUCAGUCUUAAAGGAACAAAGAGUGAGUGGCUUUAGUGAAAUGACGACCUGUUGUGUAGGUUUGAUAAGGAUUGAUUGGGCCAGCAAAGAAGACGGGGGCCACAUUCUGACGGUUGGAAUCGGGAAUUUGGUAUUCUUCUUCACCCAGGUGUCUCUCGACAAAGCUCAGCAGAACGUCGCGGUCAUGCAAGAGCAAUCACGACCGCAGUUACGCCGUGAUUCCUCUUUGGCAUCAAGUGUAACCCACGCGAAGAGCGGACUGAGUGAAUGGAUUUGUAUUCGUUAUCUGGUAUUAGAAUCUGUGGAUGGACUGGCCCCUUUACCCACAAUAAUGUCCUGGUUGAGAGAUGGCCUAUUUGUGGUUGGAAUGCCCAGUGAAAUGAGAGUUUACAGCCAAUGGAAUAUGAUCCCAUUGAAAGCUCCGGGUCAUCAAAGCCCCACUGAAACAAGCAAGCCGGGAUGUCUGGUGAAGUCGGUGAAAGUUAUGGGAAUCCGACCGGUCGCUUCCGUAUCUAAUCUUAGCACCAGUCAGUCGCAUUCAGUACUGGAUCAGCUUUUGAAGAAAGCGUCAAAGGUUGAACUUAAUAAAUUGGACAAAUCGGAACAGCCAAAGACUCUGGCUUCAUUGGAAUACAUUGAUUCAUUGACCGAUGAAGGUAUAUUUGAAGCAGCUCGGCUCUCCAAUCCAAUGCUUCCACAAUAUCAUCCUAAACAGUUAAUUGAAAUGUUAAAUGCAGGGAAAACAAAAAGAGUUAAAGCCAUCUUGUUACAUGUUCUCAAGGCACUUAAAGUAAGUCAAGUACUUGGAAAGUUAUCGUAUUUUUUAGCAAUAUCAGUCAAGCAACAAGACUCGGUUAGCUCGAGGAGCUUCGAUUAGAUUCAAUUCCAGCAAGGAUGGGGAAGACAACACCCAGAGUAAUAAUGUAAACCGUCAACGAUCGGUGACAGUCUUGGAUGAUGAGGAACUUGAAUAUGAUGAGUUGGAUGGAAUCCCUCCACUCCCUUUAUACUCGUUGUUGGAGAUGGAUGAAGCUUACGAUGGAGAUGAAAGGGCCGCAAAUAUUGAUGGGUCUAAAGAUGUUUGUUGUGUCUAACAAUUGUAAGAGUUUAAUUUUUAUUUUUAGGUAUACGAUUCAUUGUUCAAUGAUCAAGAAUCAGAUGAAGAUUUGGAUGAUGUCUUGGAAAGUCUUCAAAAGGCCGACUCUCGAUCACGCUCUUCCAGGUCACGGCAUUCAUCCACUUGCAGUGACAAUCGGCAAAUUCAGAAUUCAUUUACAUCCAGACACAGUCGUGUUUUGACUGAACUUCUUACUCACACUCAUCUGCCUGGUCUCUCAAGUGUCGAUCAAAUGCAUCUCUUAGCUGUGGCUGAUACUCUUAGUCAGUUUUCUCCCAGUGUUAUGGAUAAAUUGGUUCAAGUAAAUGCUUGUAAGUUUUUUUUUUUUACAAUCGAAAUUUUAUAAAAAAAAUAUAAAUAUUAAUUUAUUUUAGCAUUGAAACCGGAUCAGAAGUCAAAUUUAAUUGACACGGCGGCCUCUGGGUAUGCAAGUUCUGGAACUGGAAUUGAGACUGUCGAUGAGUGUGGCCUGAGAUUCCUUAUGGCCAUGAAACAGCAUGAUUAUCUCCUUCUCUGUCUUCCAAGAGCUCAACGACAGAAGUUAAGACAACAGUAAGUGUGUUGGCUUUUAAUGGUUAUGUUGCUUCAGGGGAAUGCCGAUCUCACAGGUUAUUUGGGCUUUCCAUUCUGAUGCCGAGAACGAACUUCUGAGUACAAUUCCUUGUUAUCAGAAAAGUCAGGAGACUUGGGAUGGUCUUCGAAGUUAUGGAGUUGCUUGGUGGUUGAAGAACAACACGACGCUUAGACUUAUCAUGGAGAAAGUGGCUAAGGCCGCCUUUCAAGCCCAACAAGAUCCAAUGGACGCUGCUUUGUUCUACCUGGCUAUGAGAAAGAAAAACGUAUUGACUCACUUGUUUAAGGUGCGUUUUUAGUUGUAAAUAUUACUGUAUUUUUAUUUUAGACUGUAAAUGAUAGCCGAAUGUACGAUUUUUUCCGGGAAGACUUUACUCAACAGAAAUGGAAGAAGGCCGCGUUGAAGAAUGCAUUUGUAUUGAUGAGCAAACAACGAUAUCACAAUGCUGCUGCUUUCUUCUUGCUAGGGGACUCUUUGAAUGACGCCAUUGAGGUAUGUAACAACGAGGGCAAAUCGGUUUUAUUGCACUUUUAAAGACUAUUCUCUCUCGACUGAAGGAUCUCCAGUUGGCCAUGGUUGUUGUCCGGUUAUACGAAACGGAUCCAGACAAACAAGCCCAAUUAAUGGAAGAGAUGUUGUGCAAGAAUAUCUUCAGAUUAAACGCUGUAGAACUUCAUGAUCUCAGCAAAAGAGACAUGACCCAAGCUAUCAGUCGGUUCCCAAAGACAUCGACCGAUCCUUUUGAAAGAUCAAUGGCCUUGUGGAUGAUUAAAGAAUAUGCAAUGGCUGCUGCUGUACUUGUUGAAGAAGCGGCUCAUGACUCGAUUCAUCGAGACAGCGAUACUUCUUUGUCAGACAUCUUCAACUUUUACACUUUCUUGCGAAGGAAUCCGUUGGUAAUCAGACAGAGAAUCACAAAUGCCGGGGUUCAAGUUGCUACAACUGAAAAGUUCUUGGCUUUCUCGAAGCAUCUCGAAAACAGGGUGACCACGCACGAAAGGAGAUUGUACUUUAGGACUGCCGCUCUCCAUUUGGCUUCUGGAUGUCCUUUAUUGGCGUUGGAUGUAUUGUCCGUGCUCCCAACAAGAAUGGUGACAACGGUCGACAAAACAACGUUCAAUUCAGAAUUAGAAUUAGAGGACAAACAGGAGACGAAAGGAGGGGAUACAGUGGACGCUCUUGAUUGGUCAGCCCCAACAAAUGUUGUUAAAGAUAGUGAGCUGAAGUUGGACUGGGAAGAAGAGGAGGAGAAUGAAGAAACGACGGAGAUUGAGGAAGAGGUGAAGAUUGCCAAGGUUGUGGAUGAUCAGAUAGCUCAGUUCAGAUUCGAUUCUGAUGAUGACAAGCAGAAUCAUACGGAUUCUCUUGACUUUAUUGCUCAGCAUAUGAAGUUUGUGGCCGCAUUGAAGAUGAUGGCCGAUGAACUUUCAACUCUGGCGUCAGGGGCGGAAGUGGAUGGCGGAGAAUUACGUCACGAUAUGUUACAGUGGUUGUCAAGGGAAAGUUCGGUCUUGCGAGAGGUCUGUGAUUAUGCCAUCGAUGAAGAACUUCUCAACACAAAUCCGUUUAUUGAUCCAGUUCUACGAAGAAAAUGGCUGUUAUCCAAUCAGAAGUUGAUAAGGACCUUCACAUCUUACUGUAUUCUUCACAGUGCUCAGAACCAUCGGCUGACUUCAGUCUUGAUGGAAUUGAUUCUUCUUUUAUUGGAAGUCCAACAAGAAACUAAUGGUUGUCCUGAAUUGGAGGCUGUCCAAACGAAGGCUUUUCCCUUAUUUAAUGCCUCGAUCUCAGCCUGCAGAAUGUUUGUUUCUUCUCCUCUUAACUUCCUCGAAGACCAAUGUACUGAUCUUUUAUUGACCAUCUCUAAUAUCCGUCGAUCACCUCCUUUCGGAACUCCAUUUACGAUGAUCAGAAAGAUUUAUAAUCUUUGUCAGGGAUUAUCUUCCUGUUUGUAUCAGUCCCUUUCGUUUACUGAUAAUUUUGAGUAAGUUUUUGAUUGCCGAUGUUAACUGUUGAUUUAGGAAACACUACCAAGCAUACGAAGAUCUCAAAGUCCAAACGGCCCCUCAGAGUUGGCCUGGAGUAGAUUCCUUGGUGGCAUUGUUGUCAGUUGGAAAGGACGAAGAAGCUCCCAACUUGAGGUUACUGCUUGUCAAGAUCUUUGUUUCAGUCUCCACAUCCCUCUUCUGUUAUGCUUUGGCUGGAUAUGAUGCAAGAUGGUUAUAUCGACUGUGUGUGAAGGAAGUAGACGCCGUCGCUUAUGGUUACAUAUUUGGAGGUGGAGGAGAGAAGAUUGUUCCAACCGGGCAAGCACCUGCAAGACCUCCUCGUAAGGGUCAUUUAGCACUGAAUAUAUAUUGUUUAGCCCCACCAAGACCACCUAUGCCAGGGUCUGCCGAAAAAGCUCGGACAAAUUUUCAUGCCAAGGUUCUGGGAGUGAAUGAAGUAACAAAGCAACCAUUACAGAAUCAUGUCCUUUCCUGUUGGGUCCCACCGAAGAAAAGUCUGGUACAAUUUUUUGCUGAGAAGGUAUGGUAGUUUAGUACAAUUUUAAUGAUUGAUGCAGAUUCCUCCGGAUCCUAGAGCUCCGAAUGAAGUUAUUUUUGACUCUGAUCAAUCCGAAUCUGACACAUCCGAUGAGGAAGAUCAGUUUGAUUUGGAUUUGGAAGUAAUGACCAAACCCCACAAAGAUCCCACGAGUUAUGCCUGGCUUCUGAUUAGAUAUGCAUGUAUAGUGCAGCAGAUUGAACGGCUCAAGAAAUUCUUGCAAGUGGCUGGUUUUGAGAUGCAAGGUAGGAACAAAAAAAUACUGUCAAGUUAUACUUGGGUUCAGAAUUGGUCCGUUUGUCACCUCAGGUGAACAAUAUCUUCAAAUUGUAUACAAAAUGGAGUAACCAACUCCAAAAUCAGAUCCAGAAUUAUCCCGAAGGAUGUCCAUUGGCAUUCUUGCCUAACAUGUACAUAAUAGACGAGAACACGCCUCUGACCGUCAGCUCAACAUUAACUGAUUCGUCCUCCCUUCUCAAAAAGUACAAAUCCUUAGUGGAACCUAACAAUACUCCUUUCGAAUAUGCUGGAAAAGGUGUGCUCUCAGUCAAAAGACUGUGGACGUAUCUGGUCAGACAGGACAACUUAUCCUCCCAUUUUGUCCGGUAUAUCUACUCUGGGUCUUAUUAUGUGGUAUGUAUUUGCUAUUUCAUCAACAAUGUGCACUUCGUUUCAAAAUGAUAGACACGCCAUGUACUUACCAAAUCUGGUCCAAAUUGGUACACUUUGGGCCGAGUUAGAAGGGGGUCAAAACCUUGGGCGCGGAGUACAGGGUGUUUCAAGGAAUUCCGCUGAAAGUUUUUGUCGAUUUCUUAGUGCUCAGUCAAGAUAUCCCAAAAAUUUUUUUUGCAUAAUAAAGAAGAAUAUGGGCGGUUUUUUGCCUAUGAAAAUCAUUUUCUCCGCCAACGCGGAAAGCAGUGUAUUCGGCGGAGACUUUUGGGCACUUUUUUGGUCAUCACACCCUUCUUAAACGCUUUUUUGUGGUUUCUGGUGGUUGAAAUGUGGAUUUUUGCUAAUUUUUGUGUUUAUCAAGCGUUCGGCGAAGGUACGGCGGCCGCUCGCCGUAUCUUAAUUCAGCUACGAACAAGAAAUGGCCAACACAAUUCUUAUGGUCUGGCAAGAAUUCUCUGCAGGUGUCUUAUACCCUCCAAAAUUAUGUCGCCAAGCCUAGGCAGAGGUUUAGCCAUCGAGAAACCACUUGGUGCACAAGAAAACAACAGAAUAUUCUCCGUUUAAAUUUCUCUUUGCCAUGCUGUUUCAAACACGGUGUGCUCCGACUUUAUCGAUGUUGCAGCGACUGCAUUACACCGUGCAGUCGCUAAAUCGGAUCGCAUAGCGUUGUAGCCGGCCAUCUGAUCCAUUGUGCAAAACAUUUGAAGACUUUCUGGAUGCUUCAGUGUCGCAAUAAAGCGUUAAAAAUUUGUGUGAUGACCAAAAAAGUGCCCAAAAGUCUCCGCCGAAUACACCGCUUUCCGCGUUGGCGGAGAAAAUGAUUUUCAUAAACAAAAAACCUCCCACAUUCUUCUUUAUCCUGCAAAUAUCUUGACUGAGCGCUAAGAAAUCGACAAAAAUUUUCCGCGGAAUUUCUUGAAACGCCGUGUAUAUACCAUAGUCAAAAAAGCAGCCGUGUUUAUCAUUUUGAAACACCCAAAACUCAGAAAAUCUUUUGCGAAGAGCGCAAUUACUGUGCAAUAAGAAAUUUUUUUGUAUAGGUUUUCUGCAAGAUUUUAUAGGCGUGCGGAUAAUUUUGAAACAAACUGUAUAAUCUUUAGACGGGCAAGGAUAAGAUCACUUUGGCGACGUUAUCAACUACAAGUCAGGCUGGAAAGGAUGUGAAUGAACCAUUGAGGAUAAUGCAAAGAGAAAGGGAGGCUAUUGUCAGCUUUGCUUGUUGCAAAGUGAGGAAUGGCCACGUUGUAGUGGCGACCAAUAGAGAAGUGCAAGAAUUGAAUUUGGAAAGGAUUUUAAAUGAAAAAGAACAGUCAUCCGAUUUCUAUCCAUUGGGAAACUUCCUGAAUAAUCGGGUCGAUCUGGAUAUUGCCUUAGGCGAGACUCCUCAGGAUCGAUUGAAGGACAAUGAUGACUAUCAACUGAUGGGAUCAAACAAGGAAGCCAUGAAUAGUUCCUCCUUUGUAAGCCUAAUUAUCAAGAUUUUUAACUACUCUCUUUUUCUAUUUAGCUAACACCGUUUAUUAUUGACCGAAGCCGAGUAGCUUUGCGCAAGGUAUUUUAGAUGUUGUGCUGAGAUUUUUUUGUGUAAUUGGUGUAAUAGUGGUUUGAAAUAAGGUUAUUUUUCUGUUUAAUAACUUGAAUUUUAGUUGAAAAAGCGGAAUAUAGGUGGGGUCCGACGCAUAGAGACGCAUCCUAGCCUUCCAUACUGUAAGUUAUCAGGGUUAUUGAGUUAUAGGCUGCAUUCAGAUAUAACUGGAGCUUCUGAUGGAUCAAUUUAUAUGUGGGAAUGGAAUGUGGAUCAACCCAUAUUUACUGCUAGACAGGCAGCCCAAUAUGCAAAGGUCACGAAGUUGGCGUUUGCUCAGAAUGGAAAUAAAUUCGCCUCAGUGGACGGGGACGGACACCUUUGUAUUUGGCAAGCCACACAACAGACAUCCUCCAAGAAACCGUUCUUUGUUAGUUAAUUAAGGCUAUGUGUCUUAUGAUAAAUAUUUUAGAAUCAGAAAUGUCACACAAAGUCAGCGUCUGAUGUUAAAUUCCUCGGCCAAACAAGUUCGGUCCUGGUGACAGCUGGGCAGAGUCAAGGAGAUAUGAACAUCGCUUUAUGGGACACCCUUUUACCUAAUGGAAGGAAUAUGGUUUACGCUUUUAACGGCCAUGUCGACGGAGCUACAUGUGUAUCCUAUUUUCCAAGUUCUCAGGUAGGAUUCUUAUGAUUUAGAUUAAUGUUUUUAGACCAUUGUGUCUGGUGGAAGACAUGGUGAGAUAUGUCUGUGGGACCUAAGACAACGACAGCUUCGAGCAACUGUCAAGGCGUUUGACUCGGCUUCAGUGAGGUCAAUGUACUCUGACAACAACAGCAAUCUUUUGUUAACGGGCUCGGCAGAAGGGGAUAUAAAAGUAGGUUGCAAAGAGUAGUAUGUUGAUGUCUUAGAUCUGGGAUAUCAAUUCUGUUCCCCAAUUGUUGCAUACUAUGAGUGGAGAACAUGCCGUCAAAGGUGGUUUCAGCCUCCGCCAAGUCGGUUCUUCAGCUGUUCAGGGUACUCAGCAAUUGUAUUUUGAUUCCGAGAUGAGACUCUUUUCGUGUGGAGCCGAUUGUUCACUUAAAAUACGGACAUUGCCCUUCUUUAGCUAA